UUCAAUAGACCGAGAAAAUCAAAGCAUUUAAUUUUGUGUGAUAUAGUGCGUAACCAAUUUAGUGCCUUUAAAUGGUUAACUGUUAAAUUGAGUGGGGGGAUGUUUUCGUGCUUGGCCUGAGGUGAAAUGUAGCUAGGUGAAGCCUACUGCCAGUUCAGCGCGCUUUACAAAAACCUCCAACUGCGAGCGUGAUCAGCGGGAGGAUCACUACGUGCAAACACUGGGCGCGGCGUCCCUCUCGCGCGCAGAGAAUGACAGCUCCAGCGAGUCUGAACUGUCGGAAUGCUCGAGACGUGGAAAUGUUCAUGGCUGUUUUCCCCCGUGCCUUGGCACCGUUUGUCCGUGCCAUCAUAGUUAAACCUCUGCCCGUGCUGUCCCGCUUUUUGGCUGAAAGACCUUAACUGCAGACAGGUGGAGAAGCUUUCCCCAGAACUGCCUCAGAUUUUCUCUCUGUGAGUAGUGAAGGCUCUUCGGAUAGUAAUGGAUACGAGAGAGACCAAAGCAAAAGACGAAUCAAUGAAAACCAAGACCGCGAAGAACAAAGAGAAGAAACAAACUGCAGCAAAGUUGUUUCGAAAGAAAUCUUUCAAGUCAGUGGGAAGUCUUAUGAAUAAAAUUCUGAAAACUUUGGGCACAUGGGCUCAUGUCGGGGACGCUGAACCGGGGGAUGGAGAAGAUGAUGACGGGGGAUUUCGGGACGGUACACCUUGCACGCUCAGUGCGAACUCAGGAUAUAUGAAAGAGGACAUCCAGGUCGCGUCCGAGCGAUUGACGAAAAAAAGUUUCACGGUUUCAUCCCGUAACUCCCUCAAAGAAAGAUUGUCCUUGUCUUACGGGGACAAAACUCCAGGUGUCCUUGGUUUGAAAAACCACGGAAACACUUGCUUCAUGAAUGCAGUUGUACAGUGUUUAAGUAAUACCGAUUUACUGGCGGAAUACCUUUGCCUUGAACGGUACAAAUUGGAUUUCAGUGAAAGGAGAAUCAAUGGAAUUGUAAAGACUGAAGACGUGCAGUCUGCCCAGGGAGAGGUGACCGAGCAGUUGGCGUCUCUUGUUAGGGCGCUAUGGACUCUGGAAUACACUCCUCAGUUAUCCGUGGAAUUUAAGAGUAUUGUGUCCAAAUAUGGCACUCAGUUCCGGGGAAACUCCCAACAUGAUGCCCUGGAAUUCCUCCUCUGGCUCUUGGACCGUGUUCACGAGGACAUCAAUCCCACCUACACAAACAACCAAAACAAGGGGAAAGCUUCUGGAAAGGGCCUGGGAGGACCAGAGGGGGCGCCAGUGGGGGAUGCUCUGAUCCCACAGCAGCCGGGAGAACGCCACAGCUUUGUGCAGGAACACUUUCAGGCACAGUACAAGUCAUCGCUGACAUGCCCUCAUUGCCUUAAACAGAGUAACACCUUUGACCCCUUCCUGUGCAUCUCACUUCCCAUCCCGCUACGACAGACCAGGCCUGUGUAUGUGACCCUGGUGUUCAGCACCAAAGGCCAGCGGUACCUGCGCGUGGGGCUGGCCAUGCCUCUGUUCGGCUCCCUGGCCUGCCUACGCCGGACGGUGGCGGAUGAGGGGAAGAUCUCUCCAGACCAGGUGAUCCUGGCAGAGAUCUACUCUACUGGCUUCCAGCGCUCCUUCUUCGAUGAGGAUGACCUGACCAGUGUUGCAGAGAACGACAUCAUCUAUGCCUUUCAGGCCUCCCCCCUCUACAUCAGGGGAGGCUCUGCGCGAAUCUCAGGGUACCACCACAGUCUCCCCUCCUCCCCCUACUCCACCUCUGGGCCUGAGGGUCAGAGGUUACCUGCCUCAGGGGCGCUGUCGUCUGAGUUCCUCAACCAGGGCAUCCCUGGGAAGGUGCUCCUGCUGGUCUGCAAUGCGGCAGGAACAGGCCAGCAAGCUGUCAGGUUUGGACCCCCAUUCCUGAUGCGAGAGGACAGGUCUGUGUCAUGGGACCAGCUGCAGCAGAGCAUCCUCAGCAAGCUCUACUACCUGAUGAUCAACGGAGCACAGGCUCAGAGCUCCAGGGUGCUGUUCAGGAUCCGUGUGGUGGGGGGAUCAGCCUCGUACAGCUACCUCUCCCCUCAGGAUGGACGGCCUCUCUGUCACCCAGCUGUGGAUCGAGCACUGAAGCUGUGUGGCUCUGGUGGACCGCGCCAUGUGAAGCUGGUUGUGGAAUGGGAGCAUCACAUCAAAGACUGCCUGUUUGGGAACAUCCAGGAGGAGGUGGUGAAGGAUGCUGAGAGUGUGCGCUCCCAGCAGCAGCAGCACGUGCUGCAGUACAGCUGCACCCUGGAUGAGUGCUUCCAGCUCUACACCAAAGAAGAGCAGCUGGCUCCAGACGAUGCGUGGAAGUGCCCAUACUGCCAGCAGCUGCAGCAGGGCAUGGUGCAGAUGAGCCUGUGGACGCUGCCCGACAUCCUCAUCCUGCACCUCAAGCGCUUCCGGCAGGUGGCUGACCGGCGCAACAAGCUCUCCACGCUGGUGCGUUUCCCCCUGGCCGGCCUGGACAUGGCCCCCCACGUGGUGAAGAGACAGCAGGGAGCAGCCCCCCUGCCCCACCAGAGCCAGCAGCCCCCACAGCUGCCACGGCCACCCCAGCAGCAGCAGCAGCAGCAGCAGCAGCAGCAGCAGCCACAGCCACAGGACUUCCUGUACGAUCUGUACGCCGUGUGCAACCACCACGGAGGCAUGCAUGGGGGCCACUACACAGCUUACUGCCGGAACUCGGUGGACGGCCAGUGGUACAGCUACGAUGACAGCAGUGUGGAGACAGUACCUGACGGGGAGGUGUGCACGCGAGGGGCCUACAUCCUCUUCUACCAGCGCCGCAACACCAUCCCAUCCUGGUCAGCCAGCUGUUUACUCAGAGGCUCCACCAACUCUAGCUCUUCAGACCACUGGCUCAUUCGUCUGGCAGGGGACAGUCCCCCUGCUCCUGAUUCUCCUGUCUUUCAGGAGAAGUUGGCGAGCACGGACACAGAGGGCUUUGAGAGCAGACCGUUGGCUCGUGGGACUCAAGGCAGGAGCGUGAGCAUGCGCUCGCCCACCAGGCACAGCAGAGAUGGCCUGGGCCGCAUGUUGCCCCUGCGCUGGUCCUUCGGCUCCAAGGACCGCCAGAAACACACGGCCCCCGGAGUUAUGCCUGGUGAGUUGGUGGAGUACCUGGAGUCUGGCCGACGGCCCCGGUGCAUCAAAGAGCCCAUCAUCCCCCUUGUAGCCAGCCCACCCACAGGCAAGGCCCAGGUGCUCCGAAGGAAGCCAGAAUCGACCACUUCCCCGAGUAGGGGAAGAGAGUCUCCACGGGUGCCGGAGGGUCAGUGCCGGAGGACCUCCAGCGGCCCAGAACAGGCCAGUGCGAGCAGCAGGGACGAUAGUUCUCUAAGCAGGAGGAGUUCCAGGAGGACUGGAACCAGGAUCGCUCAGGACCCUCAGGCCCCUCCCAGAGGCUCCUUGGCUGGGCCCCAACCUAGCCAGGCCCACCCUAACCUCCCCACCAUCGGCAAAGCAGCCGCCACAGCGAGCACCGCUCCGUCCAACAGGGACUCGACUCUGAAGCGUGCCAAGACCCAGCAGGGCCCACAGGGGCUCAGCAGGACCGGGUCGCCAGCCGAAGCACCAGCCCAGGCAGCAGAGCACCGGACUGGGACCAAGAGUGAGGAGACCGGGGCCCAGCUGAAAAGCUCUGUGUCCCUCCUUCAUAAGAAGAAAGACCAAGGUCCACACAGACCCAGAGAGCAUGAGGAUAAGCUCCCCAAUGGGAGUUCAUCCACCAGAUCCCUCACCUCCAACGGGUCCCUGACUGGCGCCGCCCUGGAGGACAAACGCGCCAAUGGCUCGGUUCUGCCCUUCAGAGGGCCCUGCGCGCGCCAUGGCAAAGCAGCGAUGUCCAAUGGCAGGAGGUGCCAUGGCGGUGCCACGGCUGCUGCCAAUAAUGCAGACAUAAAGCGAGCUCACAGCUCCUCGAGCCUUCAGGCGAAGUUAGGCGGCAGCCUGCACAGGACGGCGUCGCUCCAGAGGAAUGGUCAGUUUGGCCCGUCAGCAUUGCCCCACACCUCGGUGAUGGACAGGCCGUCCUACGCCACUUUACAACGGACUCGCUACAGCACCACCUCCCUGGGCAGGCCCCGGAGAGUUCCCGAAUCAUGCUUCUAAAUAAACUGCACUGGACCAGUAGCUACCAACCUAGCUAAUUGUAUUGCACACCAAGCAGCCAAGUAAUAAUCUAGGGCCAGUUUCUGAAUAGUCCCAUAGUAUAUGAGCAUUGUCACUCAUUUGUUAUUGGCGAUCUACAUAAAUUCUAAAGAGACAUUUGAUUUCUUUUGUUAAUCACUUCUGGAUAGAGAAUUGUUUAGCCCAGGAUACAGCUCAUGUCAUAUCCACCCUUCUUGUUAUUGUUUUUUGAGGUUGUUCUUCAAUUAUGUGUUAGUAUGGGCCACAAUGCAAGCUUCUUAGCCACAGUUUUCAUUAUGAUUUAAUUCUAAGGAGAGAUUUAACGACAAUGCUUUUGACAUUUCCAAAGGAGAAGAAAGACAACAGUGGAUCAAAAAGAGGCUCCUGUCUCUACUAAGUCCACCAUGUUUGUCCCUGGUGGUUAGGUGUUUUAGCUGCAAGCUACUGAUGGAGUUUUCAGGUUGUCCGUCUCCAAAUGGUAAUAAAUUAAAACAUUUCGUUAUAUAAUUCUUAAAUUAUGGUCAGGUUGAGAAGAGCCACAAAUAAAAUAUAGAUUAAAAUACAUGUAUAUGGCAUUAGACAUAAGCACUGAGUUUAAACAUGGUCACUGAAGUUUUUGUUGUUAUUGACUUACUUUUCAGAAAUAUAUCACUUUGGCUUUCACUGCCUUAUGUACAUCCAGUUCCUUCCAUUGUCUACCAAACAGUCCGAGGGUAAUCACUGCAUUACACAUUGCAUGGCCAUGAGUUCACCAUUUUUCAUAGUGCUUUCAGUCUUUUUGCAUCCAUUAAAGUAAGGACCCAGGUCCAUGAUACAUCACUUAAGAUGUACUGUAACUCUGCAUAGUAUUUAUAGAGCACUCCUACAUACAUUAGCAUUAUCACUGUGUGGGUGUAUUUGAUAUAUAAGACACAGUCCUUAUUCAGUUGGUACAUGUAAAACUACACUACAAAAACACACACAACACAUUGUUCAUUUUGCUUAUAUGUUGUCACCUCUGUUUUUGAUUGUUUGUUUUUCUUUUUUAUAACAUAU